AGCAAUGAACUGAAGAACAAACUCCCCGCAUGGUACCAUAUCAGUGCGACAAAACGUCUACGACGUCUGGAUAACACUAACCUUAGCAAAUGUCUGCGACGUAACCAUGGUGUUACAUACGUAUCAGACAUCAUGGUUCUAGCUAGACAUGAUUUCAUCCCAGUUCUCCCACCAGACACACCUGUAUGUUCAUGCACGACAUGCAAAGAUGCCGAGGAAAAAGGCUGUCAGAACACACUUAACUGUGUUGAAGCAGCCCGCCGCCUACUCACCUCCCUGACCGACAAAUGGAAUCCAACGGUGAAUCCUGUGCCCGACGGGCUCACCCUCACUCCACGCCGACAUGACAACAAUAGCGCCGCAUUCAAGAAGAAGGACGGCGAAGCUGUAUUCAACCCCUCUGUCACUGAGAGAGGCGGCAUCUCUGAAAUAUUCCGUGUCUUCAUGGAUGAUAACAGCCUCGAGACCACACCGAAUAUGCGUCAGCGACAAGGCACACGUUUCCAA